AUGGGUAAGCGGAAAAAACCGGCCCGCAGCCCAAAGCACGGUCAUCGGAAAUCGACCAAUGCCACAAUCAGCACAAUAAAAUCUGCAGAUGUUACGGCCAGCACGCCGGGGCAACCAGCGAAGAAAGUUCGAGAGGAUGAUGAAACGUCAAUACUCUCCGCCAACCAUUACAGUAUUCUGAGUGAAAAUAAUACAGCAGUAAAUGUCAGCGAUCUCAACGGCUUCGGGCAGGAGCAAGAGGAAGAGUAUCCCCAAAACACCGUCGCCGUCAAAUUACCCCCGCUAAUCGUCAAAUCGAUUCCGCUCGAAAAACUACAGCAGGAUCUCCAUUCGAAAGGUGUCACGGCUCAGUUCAAGCUCACCAGAAUCGGCAUCAAGGUGAUGCUGCAAACUAAGGACGAAUUUACCAAAACUAAAGCACAUCUAAAAGAACAAAACGCGCAGUUUUUCACCCAUGACAUGCCGUCGGAGAAGCCAUUCAAGGCUGUCGUAAGAGGCCUACCGGUAAUGCGCCCAGAAGACAUCAAAGCCGAGCUAAUGGAACGGUAUAAGCUUCAACCGUUGGCAGUGUACGUCAUUGCUAGGAAGCAGCCUGGAAAUCACGUGUACAGAGACUGCCUGUACCUCGUACACUUUCGAAAGGGAACAGUGACACUAGGAGCCUUGAAAGCAAUGAAAAUCAUCGGGAACGUCGUUAUUUCGUGGGAACCUUAUCGUGGUAUCCACAAAGAUGUCACGCAGUGUAUGAAGUGUCUUCACUUCGGACAUGGCACACGCAACUGCCACCUGGCCGCUAGAUGCAACUAUUGUGCAG